GUCACGUCAGUGGCAUCGCUGUUGUGUAGAGUUGUCUUUUGACCGAACCCCAAACUUUUAAAGAUGGCACCCAAGAAGGCCAAAAGAAGGCAGCAGGCAGAAGGAGGCAGCUCUAACGUCUUCUCUAUGUUUGAACAGAGCCAGAUCCAGGAAUACAAGGAGGCCUUCACAAUCAUUGACCAGAAUAGGGACGGUAUCAUCAGCAAGGACGAUUUGAGAGAUGUGUUGGCCUCCAUGGGUCAGCUGAACGUGAAGAACGAAGAGUUGGAAGCCAUGAUCAAGGAGGCCAGUGGCCCAAUCAAUUUCACUGUUUUCCUCACCAUGUUUGGUGAGAAGCUAAAGGGUGCUGACCCUGAGGAUGUUAUCGUGAGCGCUUUUAAAGUUCUGGACCCUGAGGCUACUGGCACCAUCAAGACAGAAUUCCUUGAGGAACUCUUAACCACACAGUGUGACCGGUUCACUGCAGAAGAGAUAAAGAACCUCUGGGCUGCUUUCCCUCCGGAUGUAGCUGGCAACAUAGACUACAAGAACAUCUGUUACGUCAUUACUCAUGGAGAGGAUAAAGAGGAAGAAUAAAGAAUAACUGUCUCAUUGCUGCAUCCACUAAUGUCAUUACAAGUUUGCAAACUCAGUCUUUCUAUGGUCCAGUUGUCCUCUGAAAGGAAUGUUUUUUCUCAACCGAAGGACGGUUGGCAUUUGAGUUGCGUUAAUGCAAGUCACAUGGAGCAUGUGAGAUUGUUUUCAAUAAAAUAAUCUU